ACCUCAAGAUCUCUACGAGUCAAGUCUGCCACAAGUCUUUCUACGAAGUUCGAGAAUUAGCAUACCAAACAUGUCGUCUCUGCCAGUAGAUCCCCUAUCCAAGAUUGACACUGCAAAGGGGAAGAAAGAUGCUGCCGACGCAGCCUUUAAGGCCGGAGACAUCCAAAAAG